AUGAGGGCAGCUGUGAUCCUUCUAUUUUACGGCUUUGUGCUGUUUGUUAAUUGCGAUUACUCUACGUUUCGUUCUGAAAUACAGAAACUGAUUGAAAAAGGAAAAGGCCUUGGACUAUCUUCUAAAGUGGCCUUUGGAUCAGGAGCUCUCGCUACUGCAAGCGUGAGCUUGUUUGAUUAUGCUUGGAAAAACGACUCUGGAACUAAUACUGAUAUACUGCUCGACUUUUCCCGUGAAAGUAAAAGUUUCCAUCGAAUACUGAUGAGCGACAUCUUUGGAGGUAGUGUGCAUUCUGCUGUUGGAUUUAAGAGUAAAAGGUUCUCAGUUGGAAUCGGAUGGGAUAGAUUCAACUUCAAACAACUUACGCCUCGUAUAGAAGUCAGGCCUUUGUUCACCUCCUAUUGCAAUUACUCCAAGAAAGUUGAUAUAACUGAUCUAACUUACAAGGAAUUCUACAAAUUAUAUCCCUCUGUGUUCUUGCCGGGACCCAAACACAUGUUUUCCUUGACCGCAUUGUUUUAUAUCUCCGGCUUUAAUUCUUCCACCUUUUUACCUGACACUGAGUUGCUGGAGAUGGGAUCUAGUAAAUACAAGGUGUACACUUGUCUUACAUGCCAGGAAAAAUUGGGAAUCGAAUUGAAGCUAGGAUUCCUGGACGGUGACAGUCCCUCGUUGAAGGACUUACGUUAUGCAAAUUUGUCUGUUGAGAUUGACGAGGAGUUGCAGUCUAUGGAGUUCUUUGUUCACAAAGUGGAGUACUUCGACUCUCCGGAAAGUAUUCGGACUUCGGGAGAAUUCCAGCCACAUGAUGGAGUGAAGUGUGAGGGCAUGCAUUUGGGAGGAGAGUAUUCAGAAACAGUUGAAAUGAAGUGGCCAGACCACCUCAGUAUGUCUUCCGAAUAUAUAGACUACCACAGGAAGGAAGUUUCGUAUCUGGAUGAGUUGUAUAAUUUUGAGACAGGAUUCUCGAAAAUAACGUUCCGAGGCGCGAAUUUAACAGUGAACCAGACAAAAGGCGAAACUUACGAACUAGAAACAUACGGUUCGAGCAGCGUGAUUGUAGAUCAUAAUUCGGAUCUAGCUUUCGUAAAGCUACCAGAUGGAAAAUGCAAGAUAAUUUCGGAGAACAGACUCAAGUUUCUGAAACAUGGAGUGUACAAGGAAGCCGUUUUGCCUAUGAUGGAACACCCACUCGAAAUGUUCAAAUUUAAUGAGACGAUGACAUUCAAAGGCUACUGUGAAGACUCAUUUGGAGUUCCCGGGAAAUUGUUUCUAUCCAAGUCUUCGGAGGGCGAUGAUGACGAGUUGUGCGUGGUGGACAAUGCGAGAAGAGGUGACGACUGGAUCGUAGGAGCAGUGGAUUCUAGCGAAUUUAUGACUCCAAUGUGGAUGUCGGAGUAUGGCUACAAACACGAGGAGGGCCAAGUGGACACCAACAGCCGGGAUAUAGACUCCAGGACAAACUUUUUAGACGUGUCUAACAAACAAGCCAUGCUGGACGCCUUCGACAUAUCUCACUGUUUCAAAUCAGAUCAUAUCAACUACUACGUGCUACUGGCCAACAAACAAUCGAAUGGAACCGACGACAUGGCAGACGGGCCAGAUGGGACUUCAUAUCAUCACAAAAUUUGCAUAUCGAUCACAAAAAAGCGAAACAAGGAGGGCAAAGAGGUUGACUCUCCGAUUUGCAGCAAACACGUUUCAGACUUGGAGAUGGGCAAGAACGGGUUCCAGGCGACCUACAACCACGCAGUGACUCAGAAACUGGCCGAGGCUCUGGAAGUUUAUCCUUCCAGGAUCAGCCAUCUCACCAUUGACGACAGUAUGCGCUUUGUCGUCGUGGCCUUCUCCCUCAUCGAUUUCGCCGGGCUCAGCUCCUACAAAUCAGUGAACGAGCGGCAGGAGAUGCUGUCGAACGCAAAAGUAGCUGAACGAAUGAAGAACCUGAAAGGACACGUCAAAGUUUCGUACACCAUCGAACACGAAGAUGACGACACAGGCGAAAUAUCGGACGUGCACUACUUUGAAGACAAUUACAGAGUGUUCUCGUACAUGGAAGUGACGAGUGCUACCUUCGAAUCAGUCACCGAAGAGGGUGGAAUGGCGGGAAGGAAGAGGGGACAUGCCAUGAUCAUUGUUAUGAUUGUUGUCUCAUUUGUCAUGGCCUCCGUCGGACUGGUUGUGGGAGUGCUGGUGGCAUACAAACUAUGGAGAGGAGCCACGAGUUUUGGAUACAUGAUUCACUCGAAUGUCAUGUAGAGUUACCAUUGAUCUGUGAAAGCAGAAAAGUUAUCUAUGCUCGACAAAAUAAAAAGUCAAGUUGGUUAAAAAAGUGAUUCUUUCAACAUAUCUAAAAAUUAGUUCGGAUCCUUCUUGAAAAGGUUGCUUGAUUUUUAGUGGCUCGAUGUAAUUACCUAAUUGACUCAGUUUUUGACUUUUUCUAACUUCUAUGUUUGACUUAUUGUUCGACUAUUGGUUGUAGAAAAAUUAAGUCCAAUCGAAACAACUGUUCUAUGAUUACUUAAAAUGGAGCGAUAGUUUUGGUGUUCUCACUAUGCUUAAAAAUAUUAUGUAAAUUAGUUAAAAUAACCGCUUUCCUAUUUUUGUAUGAUUUUACAUGUAUAUAAAAAUAAGUUCAUUCGAUUAAUGAUAGAUUUAUACCAUGAUAGAUAGUAUUCUUAAGUUAAUGUUUGUUAAUCGAAGCAUACAUGCGUUAGUUUCUCCUCAUCAAAAACAUUGAGAGCCUGGCAAAAGCUUUGAGAUUCAAUAAGCAUGUAAUCUUGACAAAAUGGCAAUUUCAAGAAUAUGAAUUUUCUUUUUCAUUUCCAAUUAUUUCCAAUAUUCCAAUAGUUUCUCAAAACCAAAGUUGUUUAGAACCGGUUGCUUCAUUUUGUUCAUUCUACAAAGGUUAAAACUCAACUGAAAACUGAAAUCGAAGGUUGAAACACCGAGCAGCGUUUCGUAUAAAGAACUUCAUUGAGAGGAAACCGAUGAAAAAAGAGGAGAGGCUAAGCGAAGACUUCAAGAUGCAAGCGUAUUUUAUCUCAUCUUCUGUCACUUUUGAUAAAAAGUCAUUUGAAUAUUCUCUUCACUAUCCUAUGUUAAUGAUAUGAGAUGCAGAAAAAUAAUAUUCCCUUAGUUA